AUGGAGGAGGAUAAUGUGUUGGAAAAAGUGAUUGAGAAAUACAAAGAAAAGGAUUCAUCUAAAGUUGUUAUCGUAUUUCGAGCUAUUGGCAACGCACCUAUAUUGAAGCAAAAAGUAUUCAAACUAGCAGCAUCAAACAAGUUUCAAACAGUGAUACAGUUCCUUCGUAAAGAGCUUCGAUACCAGGGGCCAGAUCCUCUAUUUCUGUAUAUUAAUAGUGCAUUUUCUCCCUCGCCCGAUGAGACUAUAUCCAAUCUUCACAAGUGUUUUAAUACAGAUGGUCAUUUAAUAAUUAAUUACUGCACAACUGCAGCUUGGGGAUGA